GCGGAAUUUUCUUCUUCUUCUUUCAUCUCAUCCAUCCUCCCCUUUCCCCUUCUUCCAUCCAUUUUUAUCUCUUUUAUCCCUUACUCAGUUCCGUGGGCUGUAUCUUACUAGGUACACUUCCAAACAGACAUCUUGUGGGCUUAUUACCUUGAGGGCUGUGGGCUGUAGCAUACUCUCGUGGGUUUCAUAUCUUAGACGGUAGCUUCCCUGUCGUCUCGUGUGGGCUUGAACACUGUCCGUUGUGGGUUACCUGUGGGUAUUCGUCAAACAAAUCGGGUGAUUAUUGUGGGAUUCUUGCCGCACUUUGCAAACUUUUUUUUUUGCCAACCACGUGUUGUUAACUUGAAUCUAUCAAAAUGUCCAAGACCAAGUCCGUUUCCAAGAAGGGUGCCGAGAAGGUGGUUGACAAGUCCGUGAGCAAGGUCAAGGAUGCUGGUGUGACCAAGGCCGCCCAGUCUCCCAAGGCCAAGGCCAAGCAGACCAAGGAUGACAAGAAGGAUAAGAAGAAGAAGAAGGAGCCCACUCCCAGCGAGUCCUCCGAGUCCGAGUCCGACAGCGACGAGGAGAUGAGCGACGCUUCCUCCAGCAGCGAGAGCGAGGAGGAGAAGCCCGCCAAGAAGGCUGCCAAGAAGGAGGAGUCCAGCGAGUCUGAGUCUUCCGAGUCUGAGUCCGAGUCCGAGGAGGAGAAGCCCGCCAAGAAGGAGACCAAGAAGGUCGCCAAGAAGGAGGAGUCCAGCGACUCCGAGUCUUCCGAGUCCGAGUCUGAGGAGGAGAAGCCCGCUAAGAAGGCUGCCAAGUCUGAGUCCGAGGACUCUGAGUCCGAGUCUGACUCUUCCGAGUCCGAGGAGGAGAAGCCCGCUAAGAAGGCUGCCAAGUCUGAGUCCGAGGACUCCGACUCUGACUCUGACUCCGAGAGCGAGGAGGAGGAGAAGAAGGCCGAGAAGUCUUCCGACUCUGACUCCGACUCUUCCGACUCCGACGCCUCUGACUCUGAGGAGAGCGAGGAGCCCAAGAACUCCAAGAAGCGCAAGGCUUCUGAGGAGGCCGAGCCCACCCCCAAGAAGUCCAAGACCGAGGAGGCCGGUGCCUCCGCCAACCUGUUCGUUGGCAACCUGUCCUGGAACGUCGACGAGGCCUGGCUCACCCAGGAGUUCGAGAGCUUCGGUGAGCUCUCCGGUGUGCGUAUCAUGACUGAGCGUGAGACUGGCCGCUCUCGUGGAUUCGGCUACGUCGAGUUCACCAACGCCGUCGAUGCCGCUAAGGCCAUGAAGGGCAAGAAGGACACCGAGAUUGACGGCCGUACCAUCAAUCUCGACUACGCCACCGGCCGUCCCGCCAACAAGGACGCUGGUGACCGUGCCCAGAACCGUGCCCGUAGCUUCGGUGACCAGGCCAGCCCCGAGAGUGACACCCUGUUCGUCGGCAACAUCGCAUUCGGCGCCAACGAGGACUCCCUGCACGAGCUGUUCGGCGAGAAGGGCAGCGUCCUCGGCAUCCGCCUGCCCACCGACCCCGAGUCGGGCCGCCCCAAGGGCUUCGGUUACGUCCAGUUCUCUUCGAUCGACGAGGCCCGUACCGCCUACAACGACUUGAACGGCGCUGAGCUCAGCGGCCGUCCCCUCCGCCUGGACUUCAGCACCCCCCGCCAGAACGACGGUGGCCGUGGUGGUGGCUUCGGUGGUGGCCGCGGUGGUGGCCGUGGCCGUGGUGGCUUCGGUGGCCGCGGUGGUGGUCGUGACGGUGGCCGUGGAGGUGGCCGUGGCCGCGGUGGCUUCGGUGGCCGCGGCGGCGGUGCCCCCAACAAGGCCCGCGGUGGUAUCCCUGAGUACAAGGGUACCAAGGUCACCUUCUAAGGGUUUGGUUGAUUUCAUGAAAACUUGAAUUGUUCGGCACGGGAGUUCAUUUGGGAUGCGACUGUAAACCAUGUGGGUUGUUUCUGCUGACUGUUUUCCGGCACCUGAAAAAGUUUCUCUUUGCAUUGUUUUAUUAUCUUUUCCCAGCUAUCCAUAGUUGAUGACGUAGUAUGAUCAUCUAGGAUAGAAACCAUUAAUGAAUGGCUAUGACCACAUUGAUUUAUUUU